CAGCAGCAGCAGCGGUAACAACAACAGCAGCAGCGGCGGCGGCUGCAGCAGCAGCGGUGUUUCUGCCCUAGCGGCGUCUAUCGGAGUCAGCGGUGUGCGCUCUCGGCACGUGCGCGACAUGGAGAUAUGCGAGUACCUCUACUACAAGCAGGCGACCGGCUGGACGAAAAUGUACUGCGCGCUGCGCGACGGCAGCUGCACGGUGUGGCGGACGUCGGACACCGGUCAACCGCCGCUCGUCUUCCUUGACCUGCGCGGCUGCGCCGCGACGCUAGCAGACGACGAACAGCAGGUUGGCAGCGCCUUCAGGCUGACGCUGCCGAACCGAUACACGUUCCUCUUCGCGCCGCCCAGCAACCUCGACAUGGAGCGCUGGCUGUCCGUGCUGCGUCACAACGGCUGCGAGAUCACCGACGACGACGACGCGACGACGACGACGGCGACGGUGACGUUGCGUCGCGCGACGACGGUGACGCAGAGCGCCUUCUACGCCGAGAUGACGGGAGGCGGUGACGCAGCGGAGAGCGCGACGGUCGAGGCGUUCUGUACGGCGCCGCGGCGGCGACGCGCGCCGAGGGACGCGGCCGCGACGCAGACCCUGACGCAGCCGUGGUUCAACGGCGACGUGAGGCCACGAACGGGGAGCGACGCGUCCGACGACGGCCCCCCAGCGGAGCGAAGUGCGCUGUGUACGGUACCGGAAGUGCGAAUCCGGAAGAUGAGCGCGGCAUCGUCAACGUCGUGCGAGAGUGCGCCACCGACGCUGCUGGUGGAGCGCAGUAGGAUAGGGGAGACGUCGGACCGCCUGCAUCCCCGCCUCGCUCUCCGUAGCACCUCGUGCUCGCCGCCACGCGAGAGGAAGAGCCACCUGGUGCAGCACAGCAGAAGCAUGGAUCACUUUGACGACGACUCGGUAGCGGCGGCGGUAGCAGCGGAGGAGGAGGAGGAGCACGAGAGAUGGGGCAGAGAGCUGCUUCUUCUAAAGCGGGACCAGCUGCUACAGGAGGUGUUGCGACAGAAAGCCGAGCUGGAGGCAAGGCAACAGCACAAACCACAGGUAACAGAGGCAGAUAUCAACAUUAAGUACGAGAGAGCUCAAACGGAGGAGGAUCUCAAGAUUCUGCGAGAUAUCACACAGCUACGACAGAGACGAAUCUCAACUGUACUCAGGGUGGAGAGCCUACAGAAGAGCUUAAAAAAGAGCAGUAAGAAGAUCGGGGGUAGCGGCGGCAGCGGGAAGGGCCGACUCGUCACGAUGGGCAGCAGCGAGGAAUUGAAAACGAGGCUGGUCGAGAUGACCGACGAAGUGACGCGAAUCAACGACGAGAUCGCCACGCGCGAGCACCGCCGCGAGGUGGCGCAGCACAAGCUGUCGACGCAGCGCGUCGAGGAGCUGCAGCGCUUUAGCGCUAGCAUGAAACGCCGCGACGCCCCCUCGCGGCCGUCAGGCGGCGCCGCGGGGAACAGGUGCGACACUCCGUCGCCGCCCGUCGCCACAGGAGGAGUCGCCGCGGCGGUAACGACGGUGGCGCCGCCGCGCGGUGCGUCGCCGAAGCCGGCGGAACGUGCGAAGAAGGGCGCGAAGUACGGGCCGCUGAAGAUCGUCACCAACAUCGCCGAGUUCAGGCUGCGUUCCAGCGACAGCAAGAAGAAGAACAAGCAGCAGCGGAAGCACGAGGUGGCGCAGCGAGCGCUUGACGUCAUAUCCGGCAGCACGACGUCGCUGGACGCUGUCGACGCGGGGCCGAAAGCGUCGCCGGACAGCGCCGACGCGAGGCUGUCGUCACCCGAACUUGUGGCGCCACCUGUCGACGCGAAGGCGUGCGAAUCGGCGCGGGGCGUGUCGAGCUUUGAGACGGAGGUGAUGGCAAUGCUGCAGCGCACGAAAACUAGCUCGGUGAGCUCGCGAGAUGGCAGCACGAGUAGCGGGCACAGUCGGCGGCUGACGGCUGACGAGGCGCUGCUGAAGCCAGAGACGAUUGCUGUGAUCACAGAAUUCGAGUCGUAUAUCGAUGACUACCUGAAGCAGACUGAUUCGGUCGAGAACGUUGCCCUUUGACCUCAUCUAACAUGACCUUUCCGCUGACCACGAUUCUACGUGAAGCGUGCACCCGCUGUAUUUUGCCCGUGUAAUGUGUUUAUAUUUGAGUCAUCUCGAGGCAUAAAAACUGUGUGACGUCAGAAAUGUGUGACGUAUGUGCUGAGUGAUGUAUUGAAACAGAUCGACGCUUCGCUGAAUCUCUCGUCAACUUUUUAUUUGCGCAUUAAUUUUAUUUAAAUGGAAAUCCGAGAAAAUGAGUUUGCCGAACGCCGUGGUGCGACAGUGCACCCGCGGGUUAUGCAGCGCCGUCUCCAAACCAGGAUAGAGUCGUCAGCGUGUACGAGCGGCAGCGAUUGAUCACCGAAUUAUUGUUUGAAAUAUUGUUUAAUAUGCUGAUAAUAGAGCAUUCGUUUUUAAGUUAUCUUUAUUUUUUAUGUAAAUUGCACCGCGUGAACAAUGACGAGUGUAUACGAUUGUUUUUUGCGCGCGAGGGUGUAGGUGGAUUUUAACGUGUUCUACGCGUGGAUUACGCAACGAAAGAAUCUUAGUUAUAUUAUGUUAUUAUGUAUACUGUGAGGAUGUGUCGUUUUAAAUUAAAUAAACUAAUUUACCGGUGGUCGAAACUGACUAA